CAACGUUCACUGAUUCAUUCCUUCUCCUUCAAAACACUGUUCUCCGGCCGAACAAUCCUUGUCCCCCUGCUGCGUCUCCGAUCACGUCUCUGCAGCUUCAGAGGUGACCAGUAACCAAUUCAACUCCAGAGGCUGAAAAUAUGGGUUCCAUGAAGGUUGAAAAUAACGCUGCCAAUGUGGAGGGUUUUGAGCAUUGCCUUGAUGGAAUUUUCAGUAAAGUGAAUAAGCUUGAGAAAAGAGUCAAUGAAAUUGAGCGGUUCUACGGGACUGCAAAUGAUACACAACUGAAUACUCCGAAGAGUAGUUCUGUUGUAAAGGACAAGGUCAAGGAGAAACACCUUAGUUGCAUUGAGAAGCAGCAACAAGAUGCAUUCAAUAGAGAGGCAGCUGCUGCAAAGAGAAUGCAGGAACUUAUGCGCCAAUUUGAAAAGAUUUUACGACAUAUCACUCAGCACAAGUGGGCACAUCCUUUUAUGCAUCCUGUUGAUGUCGAUGGUCUUGGUUUACAUGACUAUUAUGAGGUUAUUGAGAAGCCCAUGGACUUCAGUACAAUAAAAAAUAAGAUGGAUGCUAAAGAUGGCAAUGGGUACAAGAAUGUCCGGGAGAUCUAUGCUGAUGUUAGAUUGGUUUUUAAGAAUGCAAUGAAAUAUAAUGACGACAGAAAUGAUGUCCAUAUAAUGGCCAAAACUUUAUUGGAAAAAUUUGAAGAGAAGUGGCUACAACUUUUGCCUAAAGUUGCUGAGGAAGAAAAAAGAUGGGAAGAAGAGGAAGCAAAGUCACAGAUAGAUAUGAAGCUUGCACAAGAGGUGGUCCAUGCCAACAUGGCUAGAGAGUUAAGUAAUGAACUUUUUGAGAUUGAUAUGCAAUUGGAGAACCUGAGGCAAACAGUUAUCCAAAAGUGCAGAAAAAUGUCUACUGACGAGAAGAAGAAACUUGGAACGGCUCUUACCAGAUUAUCUCCAGAAGAUCUGAGUAAGGCAUUGGAGAUAGUUGCUGAAAACAACCCAGGGUUCCAACCAACAGCGCAAGAGGUGGACCUUGACAUAGAUGCCCAGAGUGAAAUAACUUUGUGGAGGUUAAAGGUUUUUGUGCAUAAUACUUUAAGAUUAGCUGGGAAGUGCUCUGAAGGUGCGGACCACCCCACCAAGAGCAACUCCAAACGAAAAGGAGAGAUUUCAAAUGCUGUCUCGAAGAAUGCUAUAAAGAGGAGCCGAAAGGCUACUCCUAAUUCGUAAUAAACUCUUUCAGCAAGCAUGUGGUGGCGCUCUUUUCUUGCUUACAUUUAGAUAUGAGGUUGCCAGUUGAAUGUUGGAAAGAUUUGCUUUAAGAAAAAUGGUUCGAUAAUUCUGUACAUCCAUACAUCCCUUGUGGUACAACUCUAGACUGAGAGUAAAGAUGUCUGGAUCAAUCUUUGUUUACCAUUGUUGCUUUUAUUUUGUAAUGGAUCUUUGCUGUUCUUGAGGCAACCAUUGCUGAUUAAGAUAGUUCUCAAUGCUGUUAUUUAUCAGAAUACCAUUAACAGCUUAUUAUUAUUAAUUUUAAUCAGAAAGCAUCACUUCAAUGGCUCCUGUUGUUUUCUUGGGUUGGUUUAUUAGUGCUAAUUCCCAAACUGUAUACAGUACUAUAGACAUUUAUGUUGUUUAGUGUACCACGAAAAGUGUCAUGUAUAUUGUCCCCAAAGGUGGUGCAACCGUACGGGGUUGCUUUGUAUG